UUCAAACAGACAGCAGCAAGCCGCAGGCGGCAGCGAAGGGAACUCCACCGCCGCGGCGCGCCCACGCCGCAGGGAUACCGCGCCGCCAGACGCCGCGGCGGCGCCAUGGCGAGGCUCAGCGCUGACCUGAUUCGGCGGAGCCCCCAGUUUGUCAGCGCGCUCAAGCAGCGCGUCCUGGACCUCCGAGGGAACAAGAUUGCCGUCAUCGACAACCUCGGCGCCACCGAGGACCAGUUUGAUACGAUUGAUUUGUUGGACAACGAGAUUGUGAGGCUCGAGAAUUUCCCUUUCAUGAAUCGCCUUGGCACUCUGUUAAUCAACAACAACAGAAUAACAUGUAUCAAUCCCAACCUUGGUGAGUUUUUACCCAAGAUGCAUACUUUGGUGCUGACGAACAAUCGCCUUACAAGUCUUGCGGAGAUUGACCCCCUGGCCUCUCUUCCAAAGCUGCAAUUUCUCAGCAUACUGGAUAAUACCGUCACUAAGCAACCAGAUUACCGGUUAUAUGUGAUCCACAAACUGAAGCAUCUGCGUUUGCUGGACUUCAAGAAAGUGAAUCAACAGGAGAGAGCUGAAGCGGCACAAAAGUUCCACUCAAAUGAGGCAGAGGAGGCGGCAGAGAAGGUCGCUGCAAAAGCUUAUACUCCAGUAGUGAUGGAUGCUCAAGGUACCACAAAAGAUCAGGGCCCUAAAGUAGUUGCUCCAACGCCUGCACAAAUCACAGCUAUCAAGGCUGCUAUUGUAUAUUGUCAGACAGUUGAUGAAGUUACAAGGCUUGAAAAGGCAUUGAGCACUGCCCAAGUUCCUGCUGAGUACUAUGUGAUCACCAAGCCUGAUACUAACAUCGCUGAAGCAUCAGAGGAAGCUCAAGCUGAGAAGAUGGAGACAGAUGGCCAGGAACAAGAGGAUGGGGCUGAUGAGCAGAAGCGAAACGAUGAAGGCACAAUUCAAGAGGACCAGUUUGACACGAUUGACUUGUCGGACAACGAGAUUGUCAGGCUUGAGAACUUACCCUUCGUGGAUCGCCUUGGCAGUCUACUAAUCAAUAGCAACAGAAUCACACGUAUCAAUGCCAACCUUGGUGACUUUUUACUCAACAUCCAUACUUUGGUGCUGACAAACAAUCGCCUCACAAGUCUUGCGGAGAUUGACCCCCUCGCUUCUCUUAGCUGCAAUUCCUCAGCUUACUGGGUUUGA